CUCAUACCAGUGAAUUCAACGUUAUUCGUAGCUGAUAAAGAUAAAGCUUAUCAACUCUUGGCUGGUAUACAGCAAAAGAGAGAAAAUUUUAGCGCUUCGUCAAUGCAUGUUUGACGGAAACAUAAUUUAGACAAUUGAAGUAAAUGAAUAGGCAGUAGUGAAAAUCAUAGAAGGUUGGAAGUAUAAAUGUUUCAACGGUAUAAAUCGAACUUUUAAUCGCACAAUGACUUGAAAUGUAUCAAGGCAUUGAUAGAUGGUUAGAUAAAAUUGUGAUAGUUUUCUGAUAAUCGAGUAUUGAUUAUAUUUAAGUCGGUAGGUUAGUUUUACGAGGAUGGAACGUUUAUAAGAAAAUAAGCCUAGCCUUGUGCGUCAUCUGUCUAAUGUUGGGUCACGUGACCGCUUAUGCAUACGUUUUAACUUCUAAUAAUUUAAAUUGCACGUUACCUUAACAGUCGAGGUACAAUGACAUUAGUAUUUCUUUCAAUUCGAAUGGGUAAUUCUGCUACAAAAAAUAGUUGUCACAGCAAUCAGAAGUAUACUAGUCAGUACAGUCUUAGUGAUAUAAUUGGAGGAAGUUGUAUUGGGACACCACAGCCUGCACGCAAGCAAAAUAAAUCAUGGUCACGUGCUUCCUGCAAAAGUUGGAGUGAAGGUACACUGUACGAUCCAUUGGGCAGUUCAAAAACACUAUGGCCAGUAUCACGUUCCCAGGCUAUGUUCCUUCCAGAAUUUCAAAUAAGACAAAUAUCACUGCAGACCGCUUAUACAUUUGUAAGCACAAUAGCCAAAGGAGCUUAUGGAAAGGUAUAUAAAAUUCUGAAACAAGAUACUGGCCAAUUGUUCGCCUUGAAAGUAAUCAGCAAGGCAAAAGUCGUAACAGAAAAUGGUGUAAUACAAGCUAAACAAGAAGUGUCUAUACAAAAGCUGGUUGGUCAUCAUCCAUUUAUAUUAGACGUAAAUCAUAGAUGGCAAGGGAGGAAGACAUUGUACAUACUAACUGAUUAUAUCGGCGGAGGGGAAUUAUUCUCACUAGUUGAUCAAUGUGGCUCCCUGCCAGAAAACGUAGUUAGAAUUUAUGUGGCAGAAGUCGCUCUUGCUAUUGACUUUUUGCACAACGCUGGUGUGGUACACAGGGACAUAAAAGCUACAAAUGUUCUAUUGGAUGACGAAGGCCACGCUGUGAUAAUUGACUUUGGUCUUGCAAAGUGGUUAAGCCAUACUGAAAGAACUAAUACGCUUUGUGGUACUCCAGAAUACAUGGCACCCGAAAUAUUCAACAGACAGUAUUAUGGACAAGAGGUCGACUGGUGGUCCUUGGGAGUGUUGGCCUGCUUCAUGCUUACAAAUCAGUAUCCAGCCGGUACAUCCAGCGAACUUUUACCAGAGGACAGAGGAACUGGUUAUGCACCAGCUGGAACUCUGCCACCGAACGCAGAAAACAUUUCCGCGGCUGCGAAGGAUCUCCUCAAACGAUUGCUCCAACCAGAUCCUUGCUUGCGACUGAGAUCUCUCUUAGGUUUGCAGAGGAUCGCAUUUUACAUGGGCUUCGACGUGCAGAGUUAUAUGCAGAAGAAGGAAUCUCCGUUUCGCCUGCUAGGACGGAGAGUCGAGACUGAACCUGAGAAAACGAACCGCGAGUUCUCCAAUUUCGAUUCUUCCCUUCGAAACAGUAUCUUCCAUGCUGAGUGUGUGUAAUGAUCUCAACAAUGUGAUAUCUAGUACUUCUAUCAGUAGUCAGCCUGAUGCUAAAUCAAUUACUAUACCCUAAAAAGAUGUCCAGCUAUUUUUCUACACUAUUUUUUAAUUACAUUCAGCUUGUUGCUCGAUUAUAGUUUGACGAGCUGAGCAACGUGUCGAUGCCAUCCAUUAAUUUUUAAGCCGAAACCGAAUUAAUUUAGAUUUUAGAGUCAUUAGAUUACGUUCUAGCUUGACUAUUUAUAUCCUUUAAGUAUGACUGAUUGAUAAAUGCGAAUCUCCCAUGGUCCGUUCAGACGAGCGAAUGUUCGUUCUUCCUAUAUUUAAUCUAUAAAUUAUCAAUUUAACAGAAUAGAGACACGAGUUUUUCGAAGUGGGGAUCUAUGAGCAUUCAUUUAAUUCGUCUAAACGCACCAUUCCGCGAAUCUAUUUGGUGCUAUUUUUAUGGAAACUUUUCUUACGGAUUUGAAUUGCAAAAUGUCAAUGUGUCUGCGUGCGAUUCCAGCUUCUAUGUGCGAUGUACUCGAAUUAUAUAUUUGUGUCUUCUGCCCCAUUGCGAUCGCGAUGGACGACGCGGAAGUGAGGUACAUAUGAAAGUAAAAAAUGUAUCCUGUCGUAGAAUAAAAAUAGAUGAUUGUUAUGAUA